UGUCGCUCAUGCACUGGAACGAGUUCUUCAAGAAAAGUUCCAAGAAGUGGCAGCCAUAUUACAGCAACUGGCUCAGGUGCCCGAAUGUGAAGGUCGUUCUGUUCGAUGACCUGAAGGCGGACCUGAGCUCCCAGCUGUCUCGCAUUGCAGACUUCCUAGACGAUGGAUCGCUCAAAGUAAACGUAGACUGUGCUCUCCAUAACAAUGAAGGCCACUUCCGAAGAGACAGGUCUUUCCAGCCGCAUACCAACUUUUUCUACGACUUUAGAGAAGUACGGGCUGUUAACAAAGCCAUUGACAUCUUGCAGGCUGAUCUAAAACACAGAUUUCCUCUCCAGAACAUUGACAUAUCGUCAUGGAAAAUAAAAUUUGCAUUUUAUAAAAGCGCGAAAAAUAUUACUUCGAGGGGAUAAUAUUGUGUAUACAAUGAAUAUAUAGGCAGUAAUACGUAUGAAUGAAUAACAAUUAUUGUUUUACGCUGCACCAGCAUUAUUACCGCUAUUCGCGGUGAGGAGCGUAAUAUGU